AUGGACGAAAUAGAAAAAGAGAAAAUAGCUGCCCUCCCCUCCCAAUUGCUCGUCACGACAAUAUGCCAUCCUAUGGAAUAUGCGAAAGUACUAAUUCAACUUGGUUACGAACCACUGGCACCGCGCCGAUCGACGACACUGUUUGGACGCCCUGCCAUGAUAUUACCUAACGUUUUCCAAUACAUCAAGUAUAUCAAAACCCAAGACGGAUUCUUUGGCUGUUACAGAGGCCUCUCUGCCAGAGUUCUUGGAUUAAUUGCAUCCAGUCAACUCACAUCCAAAGUAAUCAAUGCGUGUGGCAUCGACCUUCCUGAAAUCAAUGACCCACCCAAUAUCGUGACAGAUGAAGAACCUAGAGCUGAAGAUUACAUCAAACUCGGGCGACGAGACAUGAUAAUGCAAACAGCUUCUGUGAUUGUAUCUUAUCCAUUCCAUGUUGUGUCUGUUCGAAUGAUGGCCUCAUUUAUUGGGAAAGAAGAGGAUUAUAGCUCCCUUAUUGGUGCCAUUGUAACCAUCUACAGAGACGAUGGUAUACGCGGAUUCUUUCAUGGAAUUAUUCCAAAGAUACUUGGAGAUUUGACAUGUAUAGCUGUGACUGGUGUGUUAGCAUACUACGUAAACAAAUAUUUUGUCAAGACCAAAGACUUGAGAUAUUAUACAGUCCCAUUACUAACAUUUGUGACCAGUACUAUUACUUAUCCAUUAGUAGUGGUGUCUACCUGCAUGGCUGUAGCAGGAUGCAGCUUAAAAGCUGGCAACCCACCUUUGAUGCCAACCUAUCCAUCAUGGCAAACUUGCUGGAGAGAAUUGCUCAGAAAUAAGCAACACAAACGUGGUUCCUCCCUUAUCUUUAGGUAUUACAUUGCUCCUAUUGGAGCAUUGCAGUAA